GAAGUAGGGCGGUAUGUUGACUGUCAACAAACAACAUGGCGGCGCUGUAGGACCCAAUGACUGUGCGGACAGCUGCAAGAUAAAUGUUUUUAUUUUAUAAACGUUCAUCUUUGUGUACAGUUUAACAGAUUAGCAGAGCUGUAACAUCUUCAGCAGUGGACAACAUGGUGCUGAAGAUCUUCUUCCCGCAGUGCUGUAACAGGGCUGACAGUGGGCUGCUGGUGGGCCGCUGGAUCAGCGGCCAUGAGUCGGCUGUGGUGUUGGCAGUGAUCCACUAUCCCUUCAUCCCCGGACAGGUCAAGCAGUACCUUCAGCAGAUUCAGACCCAGAGCAAGGUCCCACUGUCCAUCUUGGGCUCAUGGAGUUUACCAAAAGAAGACCAAGAGGGUAUGGAGAGCUUCCUCAGAGACCUCAGCACCUUCUUCCCCCAGCAGCGCUGGCUCCAGAUCAGCCGCCGUGUGGAUAAAAAAGGCUUUGACUGCCAGGUUCUAAACCAGGAACAGAGUGGGAGAUGUCCUGAGCCAGGGCCCAGAGACAAAGAUGAGGAUGGUGAUGAUGUGGAACAGCAAGAGAAGAAGGUGGUCUUCAUCCAUUAUGAGCAGAGGAAGGUGAUGCUGUCACAUCUCCACCCCAACAGAGUUCCGGGUUCCGAGACUGACCCUCCGUCUGAUCUCAUACAGAUGUUCCAGACGGUGUCCCACAGCGAGCCUCUGUACCUCCUGGACAGAUAUGACGACGGGCCGCUGAAGACGACUCACUGGCAGUCUGACGGCCGCGAGGCCAGCAUCAUCGUGGAGCUGCUGAAACAGGCUUCUGUGCCGCUCUGCGUCCUCAUCAGCUGGCUGCUUUCUGUGUGGACGUGGUUCUGUAACUGCCGGAUCUUCAGUCUUUACCCGCUGCGCUUUCUGUCCAGUAAACUGUCCACAUGCGUCCAGCUCUCUUACAGAACCAAACACAUGAGGACGCUGAGCUCAUGCAAACCUCCCGCUGGACAAACACACUUCAUGAGGAAGGAGAAUAUUUUUGUGUCGUUCCUGGUUGAUGUGGCUCUUGGCGUGCUGCUUAUGUCCUGGCUCUACAGAGAAAACCACAUCUCCAUGCUGGCCAACACACUGGUACCAGCAGCUGACCAUGUGGCCAAAGAGCUGGAGGACCUGCUGCAGUGGCUGAUGGGAGCUCCUGCAGGGCUGAAAAUGAACCGGGCUCUGGACCAGGUUCUGGGCAGAUUCUUUCUGUACCAUAUCCACCUGUGGAUCAGCUACAUCCACCUGAUGAGUCCUUUUAUUGAGGGGAUCCUCUGGUAUGGUGGCCUGUCGGCCUGCCUGGGUCUGACCUUUGCCCUUUCGCUGCUCUCUGACAUGAUCGCUCUUCUCACCUUCCACAUCUACUGCUUCUACGUUUAUGGAGCCAGGCUGUACUGUCUGAAGAUCUAUGGGCUCUCCUCUCUCUGGAGGCUCUUCAGAGGGAAAAAGUGGAAUGUUCUUAGGCAGAGGGUGGACUCCUGUUCCUAUGACUUGGACCAGCUCUUCAUUGGGAUGCUGCUCUUCACCAUCCUGCUGUUUCUGCUGCCAACCACAGCGCUGUACUACCUCGUCUUCACGCUGUUGCGACUUGUGGUGGUGGUGAUCCAGGGUGUGAUUAACCUCAGUGUGGAUUUCAUCAACUCCUUUCCUCUCUUCUCCGUUGGUAUCCGCAUCUGUCGGCCCUACAGACUGGCAGAAGGAGUGAAGUUUCGGGUGCUAUGUGACGAGCCUGGACCAGCCCUUCACCUACUGAUGGAGAUAAACCCACUGAAGUGCAGCACAGUGGUGCAGACCUACCACAUCCCGACCUACAGUUGCUACCCCAAACACUCGUGGACCGCCCUGAUCAAAAAGCUGUUUGUUGGGGAGCUGGUUUACCCCUGGAGGCACAAAACCACCAAGACCGACUGAAAGACAUCAGCCAACAAUGUGAGACUAGAGACGCCAGGACACGGGUCUGAUGAAGGGAAAAGAAAAAGGCAUAAAUUGGUUUUAGUUUUGCUGAGUUGUCUGUUGGAAGUGAGUUUUAUCUUGUUAAAGCUGUAAAAACAUCCAUUUUCUCAGUGACUCAAAAUUAAAUUGCAAAAAUUACGUUUAAACUUGAAAAACAGCAGUUAAUCCUGUCCCUGUGUUUCAUAAAAAUAUGAAAUUGUUUUAUUUUUAUCAUGUCGAUGGAAACAAGUAACACACACAUACGUAAAUGCCCUGCGUGGACUGUAGCCUUUUAAAUAUAAAUGUCAUAAUUUGGUAUGCGUGCACAUUCCUGGAGCGUCCAGCAAGUGGCAGUGUUCACCAGGUGGCAGCACAGCACGACAUAUUGUCAUAUGAAAUCCAGAACAUUGUUCAAAACGUUAGUCUUUCAAGCUUUUGAAAAUGUUUUGAAAUGUUCUGAAGCAGUGUUUCCAGUUUGCCAUCGCGAACUAGCAGUACUGAUGAAACGUUUUGACAUGUCCCCAGCCACACAUUCUAUCUAUUCUUUACUUAUGGUUCGAACUUCCUGUUCAGUUGUUUAUUUCUUCUCAUAUUUUCCCAGUGUAGCGCGCAUGACUUUUCUCCCCACGGUUGUUAAAUUAACUUAACUGACACUGGUGUAAAGGGUGUAGCACACGUCCGUGUAAUAUUAUGCAGGCAAAACAAAGUUGUGUUUAUGAUGAGUUACUAAUAUGUACUUUUUGGUUCUGUUUCUGUCUCACAAAUGAGCCAUUGUUCUUGAUGAUAAUUACAUCUUACUU